GGUGAAAAUGAACCGUUGAAUUUGAUGUAACUCAACCCUAGAGAGAGAAGCAGAAGCGAUAACAUGCGCCGAUUUGAGUCGUCAUUUUGAUUGCAAAAUUCAAAUUAGCGAACAAAGCGGGAAUCUAAGCACUCGUAAUAGUAAUAUAUACGUUGAGAAAUCCUCAUUUCAUUUCAUUUUCAAACAAAACACAACGUUCUUCAAUGGCGGCGAAUAAGAGCGUCAAAAAACCCCAAAGCCUCAACGAUAGUCACUAUCGCUUUCUUCAAGAUCUCUCUGCUCCUCCUAAACCCUCUUCCAAAUCCAUUGACGAUGAACUCGAUACUCCGAUUCAACCUCGAAACCUCGUCUAUCAAGACGUUGAUGAUGAUGAUGAUGAUACUAUUCCUCAGUUUUCUGCUAUCACUGACUUCGAUUCUCCAAUCGGUCAAAAUUCUCUGGAAAAUCUUCAACCAGAUAAAGUAGAAGAAGCUCCUCUUCCUAAGGUUCCGCUGUUUUUCGAAGAUUCUUCUCUUCGUAAAGAAAAAUCUCCUGAUAAUUGCCAACAGCUUUGUUCAGAAGAAUCUCCUCUUCCUCAUGAGGUUCAACAUGAUUUGGAUAAUUGUUCUCUUAGUCAAAAUUCUAAUGAGAAUCACCAACCAGUUAUGGUUCAAAAAGCUCCUCUUCCUAACGAGGUUCCAAAGGAUUUUGAGAAUUACUCUUCUAGUCAAAAUUAUUCGAAGAUUCUCCAACCAGUUAAGGCAGAAGAAGCUCUUGUUCCAAAGGAGGUUCCACGGACUUUGGAUGAGUGUUCUCUUAAAGAGGAAAAGAAGACUAAGGUUAAGGUGCAAGGGCGGCGUCGUCUUUGCAAGGCUGCGGAUAAAGAGGCAAGCAAAAGUGUGGCAGAUGACGAGCCUACGUUUGAUGGUGAUCUUGUGGAUUUUGAUUCGCCUAUUCCGGUGUGGAAAAAUGUGAUUGAGAUUGAGGAGAGUAGGGGUAGGAAUGAUAUUAGGGAUAUUUUGAAUGAGCUUAGCUCCAAGUUUGAUGAGCUAUCAGUUGAGAAGACAAAGCCGAAGACGGUGACAAAGCCGAAGACAGUGACAAAGCCGAAGACAGUGACAAAGCCUGUUGAGCGAGGGAAAGAAAUUUUUGAAGAUGAGGGUUUGGAGUUUGGGAGUGCUGGAUCUUCAUUUUCACCAAAACAAGAUCCCCAUGACAUCUCAUCAAAGGAUACUAAGAAUGAUAGCGGUGGUCUUGAGUAUGAAUCAGAUGAUUCAGUUCAGGUGUUGGAUCACUUUGAGCCUGAGAAUGAUGGUUCUAUAACAUUGAAUGACCCACGAUCUACGUAUAAGUUGCAGCCUAAGAUUGCAAAAAUGUUGUAUCCACAUCAGCGGGAAGGAUUGAAGUGGCUCUGGUCAUUGCAUGUUCGGGGUAAAGGUGGAAUCUUGGGAGAUGAUAUGGGUUUGGGAAAAACAAUGCAGAUUUGUGGCUUUCUUGCUGGACUGUUUCAUUCCCGUUUAAUUAGAAGGGUAUUGGUUGUGGCCCCCAAAACACUAUUGCCACAUUGGAUCAAAGAAUUAUCAGUUGUUGGCCUAUCUGAGAAGACGAAAGAAUAUUUUGGAGCUUGUGCAAAACUCAGAGAGUAUGAACUUCAGUACAUACUUCAGGACAAAGGUGUUCUUCUCACCACAUAUGAUAUUGUCCGCAACAAUACCAAGUCCUUAAAGGGGCAUAGAUAUUUUGAUGAUGAGGAUAAUGAAGAUGGCCCUACAUGGGACUACAUGAUACUUGAUGAGGGGCAUCUUAUAAAGAACCCAAGCACUCAGAGAGCUAAAAGUUUGCUCGAGAUACCCAGCGCUCAUCGCAUUAUCAUUAGCGGCACGCCACUGCAAAAUAAUCUCAAGGAAUUGUGGGCACUGUUCAAUUUCUGCUGCCCUGACUUGCUUGGUGACAAAAAAUGGUUCAAAGAUAAAUAUGAAACACCUAUACUUAAAGGAAAUGAUAAAAAUGCUUCGGCCAGAGAGAAAUGUAUUGGUUCGUCUGUAGCAAAGGAGCUAAGGGAUCAUAUUCAGCCUUACUUUUUGAGACGUUUAAAGAGUGAGGUUUUCAAUCAAGAUACAGAAAAAACAACUGCAAAACUUUCUCAGAAACGAGAAAUCAUUGUGUGGCUUAGAUUGACCAAUGUUCAGCGGCAUCUUUAUGAAGCAUUUUUGAAGAGUGAGAUUGUUCUCUCAGCAUUUGAUGGUUCACCACUGGCUGCCCUUACGAUUUUGAAGAAAAUAUGUGAUCAUCCGCUUCUGUUGACUAAGCGGGCUGCGGAGGAUGUAUUGGAUGGGUUGGAAUCAAUGCUAAAGCCAGAGGAGGUUAAUGUUGCGGAAAAAUUAGCGAUGCAUAUAGCAGAUGUUGCAGAAACAGAUAAGUUUGAAGACAAGCAUGAUGUAUCAUGCAAAAUAGUUUUCAUCAUGUCAUUAUUGGAUAAUUUGAUCCCUGAAGGGCAUAGGGUGCUUAUCUUUUCUCAGACUCGCAAGAUGCUUAAUUUAAUUCAGGAAUGCAUAACAUCUCAAGGUUAUGACUUUUUACGAAUUGAUGGCACAACAAAAUCAUGUGACAGAAUAAAAAUUGUUGAUGAUUUUCAAGAUGGUGUUGGAGCUCCAAUAUUUCUGCUGACAUCUCAAGUUGGUGGUUUAGGACUGACACUUACAAGAGCAGAUCGUGUGAUUGUUGUUGAUCCUGCUUGGAACCCUAGUACUGAUAAUCAAAGUGUUGACCGAGCAUAUCGUAUUGGUCAAAAGAAAGAUGUUAUUGUGUAUAGACUGAUGACAUCCGGAACUGUUGAAGAAAAGAUCUACAGGAAGCAGGUAUAUAAAGGAGGAUUAUUCAAAACAGUUUCUGAACAGAAAGAACAAACUCGGUACUUUUCCCAGAAGGAUCUCAAGGAGCUUCUCAGCCUCCCAAAAGACGGAUUUGACGUGUCUGUUACCCAACAACAAUUGGAUCAGACACAUGAUUCUCAACAUAUAGUGGAUGCCUCUUUCCAGGCACAUUUAGAGUUCCUGAAAAGUCAAGGCAUAGCAGGAAUUAGUCAUCACAGUUUACUGUUUUCAAAGACAGAGCCAGUUCAGGAGGCUCCUGCAUAUGAAGUAGAAAAUAACCACUGGAAACCUAAUCCUAAUGCUAGAUAUACUGGAACUUCAUCAUCAUCUUCACAUGAGCAAGUUGUUGAUGGAGCUGCGUUUGCUUUUAAUCCCAAGGAUGUUAAUGUACGCAAAAAAGAAUCUUCUCCGAGCAGUGUUGGUAAAUUGACCGAGUUAGAAAUCAAGGAUAGAAUUGAUCGGCUCUCCCUAAUGCUCUCAAAUACGGUGAUGAUUUCUAAAUUACCCGACAAUGGAGAGAAACUAAAGAAACGGAUUGCUGAGCUGAAUCGAGCACUUACUAAACUGAAGAUGGAACAAACAAACAUAGUUGAUUUGGAUGAUAUUGCUGGUGAAUUUGAAAGGGUGUUGAACGUAUAGCUUAUUUCUUUAAUUUUAGGAAAUAAGGUUAAUAGAAUUAUUUCCUCGGUUGUGGUAGAAUAUGAUUUUGUCAACUAGGGUGUUGAAAAUUUUGUGAAUUCAAACUAUGGCAUUGUCCAUCCUGAAAAUGGUUGUCAUGAAACUAUUUUCAACUCACUUAUUGAAUCUUUUGCUACCCAGGACUGAAAAACAAAGAAUUGAAUAGGAAACUGCAAUUACACUAA